UACCCUUGCAUGCGCCUUGUCUAACAUGUAGACGCGUAGAGAGGGAAAGAGAGGGAAGACACAGGAUUUAAGAGGAGAGGAGAACAGGAUAGUAUCAAAUUGUGAGAGCAGCCUCUAUCAUCUGAUUCACCGAGCAGCAUCACGUCGCCUCCUGCUCAACACCCGCGACUCCGCUACGCCACUGCUGCAUCUCAGUAAGGCCUGUUCUUCCUGUGAGAUAAGGGGAACCCAUCUUAAGCCAUCUGCUCCUGAUCUGAUUGUGAUCCUGUUGAAAUCCAGCUGGGUCCAGGAAAAUGGAGUGUUUGAUGUGUCUGCUGGUCCUCAGCUCAGUGGCUCUAAAGGAAGCUGCUGGUGGCGAUGUGUGUGUGUCGGGUCAUGACACUGGGCCAGUGUUUGAAGAACAGCCAAGCAGUUCAAUUUACCCAGAGGGCCUGAGUGAAGGGAAAGUUACCCUCAGCUGUCAAGCCAGAGCAAGUCCAGCUGCUUCCUACAGAUGGCUUGUGAAUGGCACGGAUGUCCCACUUGGUUUGGACCUGCGAUAUACCCUUGUGGCUGGUAACCUGGUGAUCAGCAGCCCUGAGUCUUUUCGAGACACAGGCUCCUACCAAUGUCUGGCCAUCAACCGUUGUGGAAUUAUCAUCAGCAGAGCAGCAAACCUCAAAUUUGGCUACGUCCAUGACUUCCCUCCUGACAGCAGGAGUCCGCAGACAGCAUAUGAGGGUAUGGGAACUUUCUUGGCCUGCCAGCCACCUCCACAUUACCCAGCUCUGUCCUACCGCUGGUACAUCAAUGAGUUUCCCAACUUCAUCAAGAAAGAAAAUAGCCGUUGGUUUGUGUCGCAGCUCACGGGGAACCUGUAUGUGGCUAAAGCAGAGCCAAAUGACACAGGGAACUACUUCUGCUUCACCACUAUCAACAUGGAAAUCAGCACCAAGAGCACUUUCAGCAAAGCCAACCAGCUCACUGUGCUACCUGAUGCCAAUUCCAGGAAGUCAGCUCCAAGCAUUAAAGUGCGCUUCCCAGCAGAGACUUAUGCUCUGGCAGGACACACCGCCCAAUUAGAGUGCUUUGCCUAUGGAAAUCCAGUACCGAAACUGCGAUGGAAGAAGGUGGACGGACUGAUGCCCUCCAAGGCUGGCUCCUCUGCAGAGGGUCCCACCCUCAUCCUGCCAGAGCUGUCCUUCGAUGAUGAGGGUGUUUACGAGUGUGAAGCCUACAACUCAGAAGGAAGUGAUACAUACCAGGGACGCAUCAAUGUGCAAGCUCAGCCAGAGUGGUUGAUGGUGAUGAGUGACUCAGAGGUGGAGAUCAGUUCAGAGCUGCAUUGGAGUUGUGUUGCUGCUGGUAAACCACGACCCUCUAUACACUGGCUACGCAAUGGACAGCCUCUCAGCACACAGGACAGAGUGGAGGUGAAUGGAGCUCGUCUCAAGAUUAGUAACCUGGCCCUGGAGGAUUCUGGAAUGUACCAGUGUGUGGCUGAAAACAAGCAUGGCACCAUCUACUCCACUGCUGAGCUCAGAGUCCAGGUUCAGGCCCCAGACUUCAGAUUGAAUCCAGUACGAAGGCUUAUUCCAGCAGCCAGAGGAGGACAGGUGAUGAUUGAGUGUCGCCCUCGAGCUGCCCCAAAGCCUAGUCUGUUCUGGAGCCGUGGCACAGAGCUACUCACCAACAGCAGCAGAGUCACAGUAACUUCAGAUGGAAUCUUGUGGAUCCACAACAUCAGCAGAGCAGAUGAAGGGAAAUACACCUGUUUCGCCGAAAACUAUCUAGGCAAAGCCAACAGCACUGGUCACCUGUCUGUCAGAGAUGCUACAAAGAUCACGCUGGCUCCUUCCAACGCUGACAUCAAUCAGGGGGAGAAUGUGACCCUGCAGUGUCAUGCCUCCCACGACCCAACCAUGGAUCUGACUUUCACCUGGGCCCUCUACGGGGUCCUGCUGGAUGUGGAGAAUACUGCCGGGCCAUUCCACCGGGUGGACGGGAAAGAAAACAUUGGGGAUCUGUUGAUUGUGAACACUCAGCUGAGUCAAGCAGGGUUAUACACCUGUACAGCUCAGACUGUGGUGGACAGCGCCUUAGCCUCGGCUAAACUAGUGGUACGAGGACCCCCAGGACCUCCUGGAGGUUUACUAGUGAAGAAUGUUGCUGAGACAUCGGUGGAGCUGAGGUGGAGUCGUGGCUACGAUAAUCACAGUCCCAUUGGCAAAUAUAUCAUCAUGGGCCAAUCAUCAUUGUCAACACAGUGGAAGAACAUGAGGACAGAGCCAGUAAACAUCGAGGGGAACGCAGAAUCAGCUCGUGUGAUGGGACUGAUGCCCUGGAUGGAUUAUGAAUUUCAGGUCAUCGCCAGCAACAUCCUGGGAAGUGGAGAGCCCAGUGUGCCUUCACAGAUUAUUCGCACACAGCAAGCAGCUCCCACAGUGGCCCCCAGUGGACUUGCAGGAGGAGGAGGAGACCACAAUGAACUCAUUGUUACGUGGACGACUAUGGCUAGAGAGUACCAGAACGGGGACAGCUUUGGCUACAUCCUGGCAUUUAGGAAGAAAGAGGUAUUAUCAUGGACCGUGGUGCGUAUUCCUCAUGCGGAGUCAUCCCGCUAUGUUUACUACAAUGAAAGCCUGACACCCUACAGUCCCUUUGAGGUGAAGAUCAAAGCUUAUAACCGCAGAGGAGAAGGUCCGUUCAGCCAGAUUGCAGUGGUGCACUCUGCAGAGGAAGAGCCAACAGUGGGACCAUCAAACAUUAAUGCUUCAGCACUGACCGCCUUUGACAUCCAAGUUUCAUGGGAGCCUGUCCAGCAGCUGGGUGCCAAUGGCAUCCUCAGAGGAUACGAGAUCCGUUACUGGCGACAGCAUGAACGGGAAGCAGCAGCAGACCGGGUGAGGACAGCAGGAUUGGAAACAACAGCCAGAGUAUCUGGACUUCGACCCAGCACCCGAUACCACGUCGCAGUACUGGCAUACAACAGUGCUGGCACAGGGCCACCCUCGCCACGCACCACCGUCACCACCAGGAAACCACCUCCUAAUCGUUCUCCAGGCAACAUUUCAUGGAAGGCAGAUGACUCAUGGGUAAUGGUGCAGUGGGACCAUGUGAAGGCCCUGCACAACGAGUCAGCUGUGCUGGGCUACAAAGUCCUGUACAAACAUGAGGGCCAGACAGCGCUGAAAGUUUUCGACAAAGCGAAAUCAUCAGUGAGUCUGCCGCUGCCAAAAGACAAUGGUUAUGUUGUGCUGGAGAUUCGGUCCUGGGGAGAAGGCGGGGAUGGGCCAGCACAUGAGAUCAUUGUGUCCAGGGACUCAGGAACUGGUAUGAUGGUACAGAACGAGGCCUCCUCUAUACUUUCCAUUCCUCUUUGCUUCCUCAUGGGCUUGGUUUUCCUCACCCUUAUGUCUUUGUCAGGCCUGUAAUCUCACCCUGUCAUAGGACUUUUUUCUUUUGAAUGGCUUCCAACUAAUGCCCUUCUGUGUUUCCCAGCCUGUAUUUUGGCUUGGGUUGCCUUCUUGCAUUUGGGAAAGGUUGUACCACUGCAUGGAUGAGAAGAAUGGGGAGGAACUUCGGAAUUCAUUUUUUUGUAAUAAAAACAAAGAGGGUUACAGGGAGCAGGGGAAGCAGUGCGGCCCUGUCUGAUUUUGUGUACCAGUGUCAAUAAAAACCAUGGGGACUGUCACAUUUGACCCCAAUAAUUUACAAUUGAAUGGGGCCAAAGUUUCAAAUAUAUGUAUGCAAAAGUCAUCCCUUUGAAAUGGCUGGGCAGACCCAAAGACUUUAAAACAGAUUUUUCACGAGGAAGUGGCAGAUUUCUUCAUUUGGUCAUCCAUUCCAAGCAUAGUUCCUUCUCCAAAAACAGUCUAGUUGAGUAGUAUUUUAGGAAUAUAAUAUAUCAUGUACAUACAGUUAACAUUUAGCAAGCAACUUUAGGUACAGCAGACAUUCCCCCCUUUGCUAAUUUCCCACAUGUACAACUUUUAAAAGGAGAACGAAGUUAGGCUUUUCCAGGCAUUGUGCAAGCUUCAAACACAGCCAUGAAAGAAACCAUGUUAAGUAUAUUUUCCAAAAUGUCAAACAGAACACAUGCUCCUGCUCUAUAUCCGUUAACUCAUUUGAAAAGCAGCACUUAAACAUCACAAUACUGUAUCGUAGCACCUAUUUCUAAUACUUGAUGACAUCUUAAGAAAAACCAUUUCAAAAAUGAACCUACAUUCCGGUGAUGGAUCCCGCUACAUAGAUUUAUGAACCUACAAUUUCUGUUCUACAUUAUCACACUUGCUUGUAUUAGUGACAGCCAUGUGAAUGUCUGGCUCUCUUUUCUCUGUAAACACACCGUUAAAGUAUCUACCCAACUGAACUUGUUUUGGUCCCUGCUGGUCUUGUUGCUCAGCCUGUGAACAAAAGCUACUUAGCACAUAUUGUGAUGAUAUUAAACAAUGUCUGUAUGUUU